AUGUCUUUUCUGCCGCUCCCUUGGCUGCUUCGGCGGAAGAAGAGGAUGAUGCGAGGGCCCUGGCUUUUGGAUAGAAAAGGAGCCCUUCAGAAACCCAGCAGCCUUGGACAGCAGAAUUAUCACACUUUGCUGGAGGAAUGCUUGAAGAAUGAACGGCUAUUUGAAGAUGAACUCUUCCCAGCAGAUGUCAGGUCCAUUGGGACAGGACCGUUACUUCAGAAACUCCCUCAAAAGAUACAUUGGAAGAGGCCAUAUGAGCUGCAUAAGGCACCAGUGUUUUCCUCAGCAAACAAGAAAAGGCUUGCUUUGUGCCAAGGAGUGAUAGAGGACUGCUGGUUUUUGGCUGCUGUGGAAGCUUUAACUUUUCAUCAAGACAUCUUGUUCAAAGUUGUGCCACAGAACCAAAGCUUUGAAAGAAAGAAGUAUGCAGGGAUCUUCCAUUUCAAGUUCUGGCACUUUGGUGAAUGGGUUGAUGUGGUGGUAGAUGAUCGACUUCCAGUAAAUGAAGAGGGCCACCUUAUUUUCCUCUCAUCUGUUUAUAAAAACCUAUUCUGGGGAGCUCUUUUGGAAAAGGCUUAUGCCAAGCUUUGUGGUUCAUAUGAAGAUCUACAGAUCGGGCAAGUAUCAGAAGCUCUGGUUGACUUCACAGGGGGAGUUAACAUGACAAUAAAGCUGGCUGAAGCCCCACCUGAUCUCUGGGAAAUCAUGACUAGAGCAACCUAUAGUAGAUCUUUGAUGGGUUGCCAGACUCAUGCACCAGUAAGGGUCCUGCCAAAUGGAUUGGUUGCUGGCCAUGCCUACACAGUGACUGGCAUUCGAAAAGUCACAUGCAAACAUGGACCUGAGAAUUUAGUAAGACUGAGAAACCCCUGGGGAAAAGUCGAAUGGAAAGGCGACUGGAGUGACAGCUCUGGGAAAUGGGAGCUGCUAAGUCCAAAAGAGAAGAUUUUGCUACGAAGAAAUUCUGAUGAUGGCGAGUUCUG